AUGUUCAACUUCUGUAAUCUGCAGUAUUUUUCAUCUACACUGUUCAACGAGUAUCAGAAGUUGUACAUCAUCCCUACAAUCCAUGAGUUCUGGGAACAACAUAAGCAACAACUUUGGAGUGAAAAGGCUGGUAAAGAUGUCAUAUUGAGUGGAGAUGGAAGGAAUGACUCUCCUGGUCAUUCUGCCCAAUAUUGCACCUACAGCCUGGCAGAUAUGCAAGAUAACGCUAUCCUCCAAAUGAAUGUUGUGGAUGUAAGGGAAGCCUCUGGAAAGAGCAACAACAUGGAGAGAAUUGGGUUUGAAAGAGGGAUGGAUGCACUUCACAUGGAAUCACCAAUAAUCGUCAAAGAGGUUGUUACAGAUGGUCACCUUGAGAUUGCAUCAGUGAUGAGUAAGUGUCAACUUUGUCAAAUGACAAAUUGAUACGUCAUCCAAGCAACAACCAAUGUUUAUUGAUAUCUCAAGAAUUCCUUGUCCAACUCUGUUUCUACAUGAAUUAAACCAACAUAUAAAAGUUGGCAAACUCUUUCCACCAAAAAAACAGUAACUCUGAAUAACAUUUUGAUUAUUAAUCCUGAGGAUGACUACAAACUAUUCGAAACGUAUAUUAAAAAUCAAAUGUUAUUCGGAGUUACUGUUUUUUGUAUUUUCUUAAAAUACUGAGUGAUUCCUGUAAUUCUUUCCACUACUUCCUGGCCUCUUUUCACUGCAGUUUGUACUUUUUACUGUGUAUUUCAUGAUUGUACUACUCAUUGUCUCUUGUAUAUUAGAAAAGGCAGAAAAGUAUCGAAAUGUUGGCCAUCAUUUGGCCAUCAUCAAUGUAUGGCAUGGUGGAAAAAUCAUUGCGAAAAAAGUUAAUGAUGUAAGUAUUUGAUCAAAUUAUAUGGUCCAAACUCAGCUAAGUAUAUAAAAGUAAAAGAACAAUUACAGUAUAUGGUAUUACAGAAACAAUACAAUAAAACCAAGUAUUUUCAUAGGCAUGUAGUAAAACACUGACUACCGGAACACCGGAACACCACCGGAACACCGGAACACCACCAUUUUGUUUGGGGUUAGGGUUAGGAUUAGGGUUUGGGGUUAGGAUUAGGGUUAUGGUUGGGGGUUAGGGUUGGGGUUGGGGUUAGGGUUAGGGUUAGGUGGUGUUCCGGUGGUGUUCCGGUAGUCAGUGUUUUACUACAUGCCAUUUUCAUAAGAUACUGUACAUAUAUAUAAAAUCCGAGUAACUAUUGUUCUGUGCAUUAGGAAAAUACUCAGUGGUCCCUGCAAUUAUUUAUUCUAUACCUUGAAAUAAUUUGAGUAAUAAGUUACUCAAGCUAAAUGCAAAUUUAAUGUACGGUAUAUUAAGAUAUGCUAAAACAGCUGUAUACUAUUUAACAGUGUUGUGUUUAAGUACUGUAUAUGCUUUGUUUUUAGGUGGCCAAAGCUAAAAAUAAUGAGCAACUGAAGUUGUGGGCACCAUCUAUCAGGAAUCAUUUCUGGUACUGUUCAAAGACCUGUAAUAAUGAUGGAUCAUAA